CCCCGCUCCUUGAUCUUGUGACGGGUCUGAGAGAGUAAACAAAUUAUACAGCUGCGAACGGGUCGGAGAUCAACCAUACACGAAACAGAAAAGACACUGAGGGAUAAUAAUCGAAAACGCCGUUAACGUUGAUUUGGAUUCUUCAUUUAUUAUAAGAGGCAUUGGAGUAAAACAGAAGUAAAUUCAUGGCAUCACAGAACAAGGAUGCCCCUCCUGCUUAUCAAGAAAUAGCAGGUCAACAAGGGGGUGGAGGUUAUGGAGCAGUCCCUCCAAACGCCCCCUACCAGGGUGGCUACCCUCCCGCAGGGGCAUACCAUCAGGGUUAUGACCCCUCCAAGGAACACACUGGAUACAACCAGCCAGGGUAUCCCCAGGGGGGACAAACAGGGUACCCUGGGCAGCCCGGAUACCAGCAGCAGUACGGGGUCAUAGUUCAACAACAGCCAGCCACUCAAGUGGUUCUCGUUGGAGGAUGUCCUGCAUGCAGGGCGGGAGUGUUGGAGGAGGAUUACACAUGUCUGGGUGUGCUCUGUGCCAUCCUGUUCUUUCCGAUCGGAAUUCUGUGUUGCUUAGCAAUGAGGCAGCGUCGCUGCCCCAACUGUGGGGCCAUCUUUGAUUAAACGUUAAUUCAUGGACUGUGCAACAACGGAUGAUAAAGACCAGAUAUUGGAGAUGUCAAGAACUAAACAUUUUCACAUAAACACUCUGUUAGAUUAAUAAAUUACCCAUGAUCUUUUGAUUUUGUACUUGAGAGAAGUGUACAUAGCACAGCUAAUUAGAAUCAUUCAUUUAUACAAGUAUUAGUAAAAUCGCUUGCAAACUAUAGCUCCAGUGGCUUCUGUAACAAAUUAAGUGAAUCAAUAAGGGGUUCAAUGUAAACAUUCAAAAUUUCAGUUAUCAAUACAAUUUGUGUUACUAAGCCACAGAAGAUUAUAAGUCACUUCCAUAAAGCUAGGUCUUAUUUCCCCCUUACAAAAAAGUGAGACUGAUGCUAAAGAAGGGACUGAGAACCUUCAGAGCUCUUAAGAUUUGUACAUGAACUGUGUAUUUACCAGUAGGUGAUUGUUUUCCCAACUUUCACCCAUUUAAAGGACUAAUGUAAUGUGCUUGCAUCAGUAUAAAUUAUGAGCUGUUACACACUAUUUAAAAACUUCUUUUUCAUUUAAAAAAUCAAAAGGUAAAGGUGUUACUCAAUGUAAUUUUAUACUUUUUCGUUCAAUAAUUAUAUAUAACAGUUACUGAUUAUUAUUGCAUAAUGCAUUAAGAUUACAAGUUGAAUCAUUGUUACUACAUUGUAUGAUAUUGCAAAAUGAUUUUUAGAUAUUUAAUUGUAAAUUAUUACUUUUUAUUCAUGCAUAACUCUAGUAGUUUAUAAACUAGUCUAUAUCUGUGAUUAUAUCUGGCUGUGUUUCCUCCCAUUGAUUUUAAGACUUGCUCCAUUUAAUAAAAUGUUUUUGUCCAAAGCAUUUGAUAAAAAAAUAGUCUGCAGUUUGAAUGAAUAGCGGUAUUUUUUUUUUCUAAAUGUUGCUGCAAUAUGAAGUACUUGUGGUUUUGUCUUUCCUAACUUCAACAUUCAUGCAAUAUUUGCAAUUCUCAAGAAAAUAUGUGGCUACGAAUUUUUUAUUAAACCUAUCCUUCACAGACUUUUUGUGUACUGUAUACAUCAAUUUUUUGAUUAUCAUUUACAUGCUAAACAUGCUUAUUCAUAUUCAUUAUAUGACUCAUCAGGUAUGUCACUAUCGUGUGUACUGUGUACCAGUACGUACUAUACACAUUUUUUCCAUUUGUUUUUGGUGUAUUGUUCAUCAGUUUUAUAUACAUGUAUUAUUGGUUGUAAAUAAAUUCAAUUUACUUUGAAAAA